AUGGAACUUGCAGAAAAACGAAUGAGCGUUACCGCGUGUAAUGUCUUCAACGAACUUCGACGAAGUCGUCAACUUUGCGACGUUGUACUAGAAGUUGAGGGUCGUGAGUUCCACGCCCAUAAGAAUAUACUUUCCGCAUGUAGUCCAUACUUCCGAGCACUAUUUACCAACGGUAUGACUGAAAGUGAUUUGAGUCGAAUCCAUAUUCCCAAUGUGUCAUAUAAAGUCAUGAAUUACUUGAUUGAAUUUGCGUAUACUCGUGACAUCACACUGACAGCCGACAACGUAGAGAGCAUUUUUGCUGCGGGAGAUCAGUUUCUUAUACAUG